AUGUCUGCAAUAAAACCAGGGGGAGUCCAAAAAUUCAUGGAACAAUUCAUAAACGCGGUGUUGACGACCAUUCCUAUCGGUGUUCUUGCACAGUCCGCUUUCACUCUGAGGUUUGGUAACACUGUAGCAACUAUCCUCCGCUUCAGAGCUCUCGGCAGCGUCGCAACAGCGUUCAUCGCCACCCUCGGUCCCAUAACUGGUCUCCGCACAAUGAUCAUUGCCCAUUUCAGCUCAGGGUACUUCGGCGGAACCAUCUACUCGAUCCUCAAUAUCUUCAUCCAGCUUAGCUUUUCCACAACAGCAGUUAUCCUCGGAGGUCAAACGCUCGCCAACAUUAACCCUGGCACCCUUUCCCUUAUCGUUGGCAUCAUUAUCAUCGGCGUGUGCUGCCUCAUUCCGUGCUUUAUCGGAUAUGAUAUGGUACACGUUUACGAGCGCUAUGCAUGGAUCGUCACCAGUGUCAUCAUGCUCUUCCUCUGGGGCCUUGGAGGUAAAGCCGGAUACGACAUUAACACGCAAAAACUGUUCGAGGAUACAGGACGUGCUCUCUCGGCUGAUAUUCUCAGCUUUGGAGGAAUCGUGUUCGGCUCGUUCUCAGGGUGGGCUCCAGUCGCAGCAGAUUAUAAUUGCCGACUACCAGCUGAUACGCCACCCAUGCGCGUAUUCCUGCUCACAUUUCUCAGCGUCUUCAUCCCCCUCUGCUUCGUCGAGAUCCUCGGCGCAGCUCUCAUGACAAUCACCGAUCCUGCGUACAUCGCAGCCUACGCAGACGGCUCCACAGGUGGUGUUAUCGCACAAGUCCUUUCACCAUGGGGCCACUUUGGCCAAUUCAUUCUUGUACUACUCGCACUUUCCAUCAUCGUAAACAACAUCCCUAACACCUAUUCCACCGGUCUAUCCAUCCAAGCCCUCGGACGCCCAUUCGCCAUGGUCCCGCGCUUCUUCUGUGUUUUCCUCGCUUCUGUCAUAUACACAGUAGCAGGUGUUGCUGGGCGCGAGCAUUUCAGCGCCAUCCUUUCCAAUUUCCUUAGUAUUCUGAGUUACUGGACUGCGUUCUUCAUCGUGAUUGUUGCAGAGGAACACUUUAUCUUCAGGCAGAAAAAUGGGCCGCUUGGAGGGUAUAACUUGGACGAUUAUGAUACACUGUCAAAGUUGCCGCUCGGCUUAGCUGGUGCUGUCGUCGGGAUGUCAGAGGUAUGGUACACUGGUCCGCUUGAGAAGAUGGCAGGAGCGACGUACGGUGCUGAUCUCGGGUUCGAGAACGAAACGAUCCAGAACUACGUCAAGAAAGGCAAAGCACGUCUUGUUCAAGGCGAUGCCCUCGUGAAGAGCGAUGUCCGCCAGGCAUGGUCUGAGGCUCAGGGAAGCGACUCAGAGCCCACACAAGUCGACUUUCUCAUCUUCACAGUCAGCGGAACGCCCCACUUCUCACUGGCAAAAUGCUUCACAAUCAACCCCCCAAACCUCGUCACCCAAUCUCUGCUCAACGUCCUCGAAACUCUUCCAUCUCCACAGCCAAAGAUUAUAACGAUCUCGAGUGCAGGCCUCAUGCGCGCGUCACAUAAAUCCGUCCCCCUCCCACUCAAACCGCUCUAUAACUAUCUCCUAACCCUGCCGCAUAGAGACAAAUGCGGUGCGGAGGAAGUUGUUGCCUAUAGCACGGGAUAG